AUGAGUUUCCGUGUUUUGGAUCUCGUCAAGCCGUUCGAGCCCCUCGUGCCCGAGGUCAUCGCGCCCGAGAGAAAAGUCUCGUUCAACCAGAGAGUCAUGUGGACCGGUGUCACCUUGUUGAUUUUCCUCGUUAUGAGUGAAAUCCCACUUUACGGUAUCAACUCGUCAGACGGUCUGGACCCGUUGAUCUGGCUCAGAAUGAUGCUCGCGUCCAACCGAGGCACGCUUAUGGAGCUUGGUGUCACUCCCAUUGUCACUGCUUCCAUGGUUUUCCAGUUGUUGCAGGGAACCAAGAUGAUCCAUGUGGACAUGAACAACAAGCAGGACAGAGAGCAGUUCCAGAAUGCUCAGAAGCUUUUGGCCAUCAUGUUGGCAUGUGGUCAGGCCACCGUGUACGUGUUGACCGGCAUGUACGGUCCUCCUAAGAACUUGGGUAUGGGCAUUAUCUUGUUGUUGAUCUUGCAGUUGGUUUUCGCUGGUAUCAUCGUUAUCUUGUUGGACGAGUUGUUGCAGAAGGGCUACGGUCUUGGUUCUGGUAUCUCCUUGUUCACCGCCACCAACGUGUGUGAGAAGAUCAUGUGGAAGGCUUUUGCUCCUACCACCUCCUCUGCUGGUAAGGGUGCCGAGUUUGACGGUGCUGUGAUUGCCCUCUUCCACCUCUUGGGCUCCAGAUCCGACAAAAAGAGAGCUAUCUUGGAGGCCUUCUACAGACAGAACUUGCCUAACAUGCUCCAGGUCUUGGCCACCGUCUUCAUGUUCUUGACUGUCGUGUACUUGCAGGGUUUCAGAGUCGAAUUGCCUAUCAAGAGCACCAGACAGAGAGGCCCAUACGCCUUGUACCCUAUCCGUUUGUUCUACACCUCCAACAUGCCCAUCAUGUUGCAGCUGGCCUUGUCGCUGAACAUCUUCAUUGCCUCGCAGAUUGUGUUCAUGAGAUGGCCAAACAACAUGUUUGUCAAGCUCUUGGGCCAGUGGGGCCAGAAGGGUGGCUCUUCUCAGUUGUACGCUGUCAGCGGUUUGGCUUACUACAUUCAGCCUCCUCUUUCCGUCACUGAGGCCAUGUUGGACCCUAUCAAGACCGUGAUCUAUGUCACCUACGUCUUGGGUGCUUGCGCUCUCUUCUCCACCACCUGGAUUGAGAUUUCCGGUACUGCUCCAAGAAAUAUUGCCAAGCAGUUCAAGGACCAGGGCUUGGUUAUCGCUGGUCACAGAGACACCAGUGCCUACAGGGAGUUGAAGAAGAUUAUUCCUACCGCCGCUGCAUUCGGUGGUGCUGCUAUUGGUGCUUUGUCCGUUGCCAGUGAUAUGCUCGGCUGUUUGGAGAGUGGUACGUCCAUCUUAAUGAGUGUGACUACCAUCUACGGCUACUACGAGUUGGCCGUCAAGGAGGGUGGUCUUUCAAAAUCGGUCGUUAGCGGCUUCUCCGACGGCAUCUAA